AUGGAGUCAACUGCUUUGAGUGGGAGGAUGGCCCGAUGGCAGAUCUUACUGUCUGAAUUCGAUAUUGUCUACGUGAGCCAAAAGGCUGUGAAAGGGAGUGCAAUUGCUGACUUUCUAGCUAGUAGAGCUUUGGAGGACUACGAGCCGUUGAGUUUUGAUUUCCCAAAUGAAGAUUUGAUGUGUAUAGCGGCUAUCGAAGAAAAUUCACAAGAAGGUUACAGUUGGAGGCUAAACUUUGAUGGAGCCUCGAAUGCUGUGGACAAUGGAAUUGGGGCAGUCCUAGUGUCCCCGAAUGGUGAUCAUUAUCCUUUCACUUGCAAAUUGGAUUUUGAUUGUACAAACAACAUGGCAGAAUACGAAGCAUGCAUCAUGGGUAUUCGUGCAGCUAUAGAGCGAAGAAUCAAAGUGUUAGAGGUCUAUGGAGAUUCAGCAUUAGUGAUAUAUCAGCUCAGGGGUGAAUGGGAAACGAGAGAUCCCAAAUUAAUCAAUUAUCGAAAGUUGGUCCUCGAAUUGAUUAAGGAGUUUGAGGACAUCACUUUUUGCUAUCUCCCACGAGAUGAGAACCAGAUGGCUGAUGCACUAGCUACUUUAGCCUCCAUGAUCAAGGUGAACAGACAUGAGGAUAUGAAGCCUAUCCAAAUGAGUAUCAUGAAGACCCGGCUUAUUGUUACAAUAUUGAAGAAGGAGAAAUCGAUGAUAGUCCUUGGUAUCAAGAUAUACUACGAUAUGUAA